GAACGCCGAGCGCACAGCAGCCCCCCCAAAAAAAAAAAAACUCGACAAUAUACUCGCAGCUAAACUGCAAAGAGGCAAACUCAAGUUGGGCAAAGAUUUAGUUCGAAACGGAAACAAAGCUCGACAAGUGCAAAUAAUUAAAGGCAGUUAGCUAAAGUGCACGAUCGACAUGGAGGCCCCAGAGUUCAAGGAUUUUGCCAAGACAAUGGUGGAUUUUAUUGCCGAAUAUUUGGAGAACAUACGUGAAAGACGCGUACUGCCGGAAGUGAAGCCCGGGUAUCUGAAGCCACUGAUUCCGGACGAGGCACCCGAGAAGCCGGAGAACUGGCAGGAUGUGAUGCAGGACAUCGAGCGGGUCAUCAUGCCGGGAGUGACGCACUGGCACAGUCCCAAGUUCCAUGCCUACUUCCCCACGGCCAACUCGUAUCCGGCGAUUGUGGCCGACAUGCUGAGCGGUGCGAUUGCCUGCAUAGGCUUCUCCUGGAUCGCCAGUCCCGCCUGCACCGAACUCGAGGUGGUCAUGAUGGACUGGCUGGGCAAGAUGCUGGACCUGCCGGCGGAAUUCCUCAGCUGUUCGGGUGGCAAGGGAGGCGGCGUCAUCCAGGGCACGGCCAGUGAGUCCACGCUGAUUGCACUGCUGGGGGCCAAGGCCAAGAAGGUGAAGGAAGUGAAGGCCCUGCAUCCGGAGUGGGAUGAGCACACCAUCCUGGGCAAGCUGGUUGGCUAUUGCUCCGAUCAGGCUCACUCCUCCGUGGAGCGGGCUGGUCUGCUGGGCGGUGUGAAGCUUCGGUCGGUGAAAUCGGUGAAUACCAGGAUGCAUGGCGAUGCCUUGGAGAAGGCCAUCGAACAGGAUUUGGCUGAGGGUUUGAUACCCUUCUAUGCCGUCGUCACAUUGGGCACCACCAACUCCUGUGCCUUCGAUCGCCUGGACGAGUGCGGACCCGUCGGCAACAGGCACAAUGUGUGGAUCCAUGUGGAUGCGGCCUAUGCCGGAUCAGCUUUCAUCUGUCCCGAAUAUCGUCACCUGAUGAAGGGCAUUGAGACCGCCGAUUCGUUCAACUUCAAUCCACACAAAUGGAUGCUGGUGAACUUCGACUGCUCGGCCAUGUGGCUGAAGGAUCCCAGUUGGGUGGUGAAUGCCUUCGGUGUGGAUCCCCUCUAUCUGAAGCACGACUCGAAGGGAGAGGUUUCGCUGCCCGACUAUCGCCACUGGCAAAUCCCGUUGGGUCGUCGUUUCCGCGCCCUGAAACUCUGGUUCGUCCUCCGACUCUACGGCGUGGAGAAUCUGCAGGCCCACAUCCGCAGGCACUGCAACUAUGCCCAGCAAUUCGCCGAUCUUUGCGUGGCGGACUCCAGAUUUGAACUGGCCGCCGAGGUUAACAUGGCACUGGUCUGCUUCCGUUUGAAGGGCAGCAACGAGCGGAGCGAAGCUCUCCUGAAGCGCAUCAAUGGACGCGGCAACAUCCACAUGGUCCCGUCCAAGAUCAACGAUGUGUACUUCCUUCGCAUGGCCGUCUGCUCGCGUUUCACCCAGCCCGAGGACAUGGUUUACUCCUGGAAGGAGGUCAGUGCAGCUGCCGAUGAGAUGGAACAGGAGCAGUAAAUCCGAGAUGGAAGGUCUGUUCCGCCGCGUUUAACAUGUAAAAUCAAAUAGAGGAAUUUCAUUAUUAUUAGAUGUUUACAAAUGGACCAAGAUAUCCUCAAAUAUUGGACUUAAAAAACUAAAUAUCUUAAUGUUAUAUGUUAAAUCGGAACAGAUGCUUAACCCAUAUUCCAUUUGCGACAUGUUUAGGGAAUUUACAGCGCAACAAUUUGUUAGUUUAGCGUUUAAGUAUCGUAUUGUUGAUGUUGUUAAUGCUUUUAUUGUUAACGUUCUACGCCUAAUUAAAAACAUAUGUAUUCUGCUUAAAAAUACAACAAAAUGUAA